AUGGACAUGAAGCAAAUCUCGGAAGAUGAGUUUCCGGACCUCAUGAAGCACAAUGCCAGCUCGAAGGACCCGAUCGGCGGCAGCGUGUUUGCAUUGUCGCCAGAAAAAGGGCAGCUUGAGCCACUCAAUCUUGCCGCCGGAAAACUCGACUUUGAUGGCAUCGAUCCUGAGAUCGGUAUGCAUUUACUCUCCAUAUACUGGAGUCGUCAGCUUUACACAGCACAGAUAAUUUACCGGCCGGCUUUCAUGCGAGAUAUGGCCUGCGAGGGACCGUACUUUUCCAAAUUGCUGUUGAAUGCGAUCUUUUUCGUGGUAUCGAAGCAUUGCGACCGACCAGAGCUUCGUUCGGACCCAAAUGACAUUACGACUGCAGGGUGGAAGUUCCGGCAACGCUUCACGCAGCUUUUGCGAGAUUCCUUCGAUAAAAGCGAAAUCACUACCCUUCAGGCAUUGUUGAUUAUGUCUAAUGCGCUUUUUUCCAGAUGUGAUGAACGGAGUCUGUCAUGGCUAUACGCUGGAAAUGCAUUCAACAUGUUCAUUGAUCUUGGUCUGCAUGUGCUUCCUGCUGUGGAUAGUAUCACUGCCGAGGAACUUGAAAUUCGAAAGCGAGUUCUCUGGGGAGCAUACUUAAUUGACAAGAUUCAGUGUCUUUUCCAAGGGAGACCUCCUCUUCUCAACCGUGUCAACUUGAGAGCGUCACUAGACUUCCUGGAUGACUAUGAUGAGCUCGAACCUUUUCAGGGUAUCACAUACAUGACUACAAAGCCUGGAGUGAUUCCAUCACUGAAUGUUUCUUUGCUCACCAAUUUAUGCGAGUUGACAACAAUUGUGGAACGUAUUCUUCGUGAAAUUUAUUCGGAAUCUCGAGAGUCAAAUUUGGUCCAUAGGGCAAAUAUCUCGGAGGAAAUCAAGUCGCAGCUGAGAACCUGGCGCCAAAAUUUGCCGCUUCGGCUUGACUAUCUGUCAUUCCCAGACCAGGCGGUCUUCCUGCCUCAGUCCGCCUGUCUUUUAGCUUUGUUCAACGUGCUUAUCAUUUUGGUCCACCGUCCUCUGAUAAUUGGUCACGACGGGGUCAUCAAUUCAACAACUGCCCAUGAGUCAGUGAACGCAUGUACAGCAGCUGCGAACCAAAUUGUUCAGAUUCUCCAUGACUAUUCGCAGCACUUUUCUCUGAGCAGUGCACCGUACAUGCUCUCUUACGCUACCUAUAUCAGUGCAACGAUCCACGCACGGAUUGUUGCACAGAAAGGGAGUAACUCAAGUGUGUUCCAAUCACUGGUUCUUUGCCGAAAUAUUCUUGCCGAACACACACGCCUUUAUUCUGCAGCAGAAAAGGCUAAGGAAAAUUUGGAUAAGUUGAUUUCUCACUUAGGGAUUAGUGCGGCAGACGACAAUCUACGCACUGGAAGCCCCGGAGUUCUGGAAACAACUUUCCCAACGAGCACAUGGUCAUGGACGAGUCGAUUAAUGUUGCCAGGGAACCCGGCGUCGCAGAUGGUGCAGUUGAAUUUGGAUCUUCCCUGA